AGUUAGCCAAAUUACAAAGACAAACAGGCUUAUGGCGCAAUCAAGUGACUAAUACAAUCAUUAUAUGCUGGUCAAUUAUGGCCAAAUGUACUCGAUUAGCAUUUAAGUUUCCUUUAUCAAACAGUGACUAUGAAGAUCUUGAAAAGGAUUUAAAAAAAAAAUGA